GAUGAUGGCGGUGAGAAAUGGCAAUAUAUUUUUUGGCUCGAAGUAAAGAGAGAGUUGGUCUCCAUGAGGGACAAAUUCUCUCCCAUAUAAAUCAUCAUAGCUUCAACGUACUUUUACCAACACCAUACACCCUAGACCACAAGAUAUAAACGAUAAGCCAAACCCUACACCAUACACUUCUCCUCACCAUAUCGAAAAGAAAUCCAAAAGUCCAACCUCGCCCAGAAACCUACAAAACCACCCCUCCUCACCAAAAAUGACAACCCUCAGACCCUUCUCCGCCCUCGACGUCCUAAAAUUCAACCCCACAAACCUCGACCCCCUAACCGAAACCUACGACCUCUCAUUCUACUUCUCCUACCUAGCCCAAUGGCCGCACCUCUUCACCGUAGCCCUCUCCCCCUCCUCCACCAUAACCGGCUACAUAAUGGGCAAAACCGAGUCUUCCCCCCAGCCCAUGCUACUCUCCAAAUCUCCCCACUACCUACCAUGGCACGCACAUAUUACCGCUCUUACUGUUUCUCCAUCUGCGCGUCGCUUAGGACUUGCGCGGACAUUAAGCCAAGUGUUGGAAAAGGGUGGAGAGGAAUAUGAUGCUUGGUUUGUGGAUUUAUUUGUUAGGAAGAGUAAUUUGAUUGCGCAGGAACUUUAUAAAGGGCUUGGGUAUAGUGUGUUUAGGACGGUGAAGGGGUAUUAUAAUGAGUUUGUGGGGGGAGAAGAGGUAGAUGAGGGGGAGGGGGAGGAUGCGUUUGAUAUGCGGAAACCGUUGAGGAGGGAUAAACAUUUGAAACAUGUUAGGGAGAAUGGGGAAAGUUUUGAGGUUAUGCCGGAGGAUGUUUGGUGAGAUGGUGAGGUGCUUGAGAUUUGGUUUGGGAAUUGGUUUACGGGGUCUGGAAUGAGUGGAAUUGGAAGGAAAGCGGUUGAGAUUUAUUUCUCCUGCAAGUAAUCCGGCCGGGAGCCUAAUUGGGAGGGCAGGAUGUCGAUAUUCUGAUAUCCUAUGGAAUAUGAGGUAGAGAGCAUCGGGGGCCAUAAUACAUGGAUGAUUAUGUACUUAUAUCUUGGGAUAGUCCAUUCAUAAAG